AUGUCUUAUAACGGAAUCGGAUUAUCAACAGCUAGAGGAUCAGGGACUAAUGGGUUCAUACAGAAAAACUAUACAAGAUCAAACAAUGAAACUUCAUAUUCCAAAAGAUUAAAGAAUAAACAAAACGAUGCUAAAAGGGAUGCAUUAAUAAACAAUAGUGACUUGAUAAAAGAUAAAGAACUAGUGAAACAUGAUGAGAAGAGAAGUAUAGAGUUGAAAGUUAGUGAAUAUAGAGAUAAGUUGGAAGAAGAGGAUGAAGAUUUGGAUGAUGAUGAGAUUGAUGCUAAAUGUAAAGAGUAUAAAGAAGAGUUAAUUAAAGAGUUUAAUAUAAAGCAAGGUUAUAAAUCAAGAAGAUCAAGAGAGGACUCAAGAGAUACAAAGCAACAGGAUGUUGAUUAUUGA